AAACUAAACAGUGGAAGUUUGGUGCAGGUUUUUGCGUCAAAGAAAUCGUUUUAAUUCCCUAAAACAGGGAAUUACCAGGCCUUUAGAGUGAGGAAAAUUUCAGAAGAAAGUCGAUAAAGAAAAUGUCCACCGAGUGGAAUGACAGAUUAGGCCUACCAUUCAUACCUGGAUACACUUUUCGGGAUCUGGAGAAGACAGCCUAUCAUCGGUGCCAGACACUCGGCUACAAGAAUGGCUUUGCUCUGUCUCAUCGUCCCUCUGUGGUCAUUGGGAAGGACGUUCUAGCAUCAGAGCCAUUAACUCACCACGAUAUUGAUAAACUGUGCUUUGACACGCCAUAUACUGUAUAUGAUAAGCCGCAACAUGAAGAAUUCAUUCCAGCUCAUGUGGCACUCGAUAAGAAGGUUCUUCGCUUCUAUGGAUACUUCUUGGAGGAAAUCGUGUACUCCCCUGCAGAACAUUACCGUGUUCGCCCCGUGACCAUUUACUAUUACCUUGAGGAUGACAGCAUGUGCAUCAUCGAGCCAUCAGUGGUGAACUCUGGGCUACCACAAGGCAAGCGUAUAAGACGUCAGCGUUUGCCUAAAAACGAGUAUGGGAAUUAUUACAACUGGAGAGAUCUCAACCUUGCUAUGGACCUGGAGGUCUAUGCGACCAAGUACCACAUCACAGACUGUGAUUUGUUCACUAAGGAGUUCAUGGAGAGUGAGGGCAUCAUUUUGAAGGAGCCAGAGAAAACACCAGAAGAUCCUUACAUCAAACACCGUAGUGUUAAAUUAACCCAAGAACAUGUCAACACCAGCCCUGCCAAGUUCGAGAAGUUAUACCGCUUUCUUCAUAUGGACUCCAUGGUGCUCCGAUUCUACGGUCAGUGGGUCGAAUCUGAUGCUUAUCAGAGUCACACCUGGCCUGUCAUCAUUCACUAUUACCUGGUGGACGACACUGUGGAUGUCAGAGAGGCUCAUCAGCGCAACAGUGGCCGCGAUCCUUUCCCUCUUUUCAUGAGCCGACAAAAGAUACCUAAGAAAGUCAAAGAAGAGUCCUUCCCUAGCAUUGUGAUGGAGAUCUCCAAGGACCUUGUAGAGGAGUACUAUUCCCCCAAAGACUUCCAGCUGGGUCAAAAGGUGAAGCUCCUGAGCCAUCAGUUCUUCUUGUAUGACUGUGACGGCUUUACUAGAGAAUAUUACCAGAAGAAUUACCCAGAGAUGGAGAUGAAACCUGUAGAAAUACCAAAGGUGGAAGAUACAACAAAGAAGACACAGGUGAUUCCACCCUACAACGGAUUUGGCUCUCUUGAAGACUCUCUCCAAUACUGUUAUUCUUUAAUUCCUGAGCCUCCCAGAAAGAAUAUAAUGAAAAGAUUAGUAAACAGCAACAAAAUGCUUCGCUACACUGCCAAGCUGGACUCCCCAUACCCUGAAGAUAGAGACCGGCGUUUUAUACUGACAUACCACCUGGACACCGACAUGAUCAGUAUUUAUGAAACGCCAAGGCGCAACUCUGGCAUUAUUAGUGGGAAGUUUCUGGGACAGUGCAAAGUUUCCAAGCCAGGUUCCACUGUGGAUAAUCCUGUAUACUACACACCUGCAGACUUUGUUAUUGGAACCACUGUGGAGGUUUUCAGCCACCGCUUCAUUCUGACCAAUGCGGACCUUUAUGUGCUUAAAUACUUGGAGUCCAACCCAGAUGAGGUCCCUUCUCAGACUCUGGAGUCACUGAAACAAGUGCUGGGAGCAGAGAUGGCGAGUAGCAUGCCAGUGGAGCAAAAAGCAGGUGAAGAAAAAUAAUCAACUCCAUGACCUGAAGGAAAUUCAGAAUUAUUUUUCUCCCACAAAGGCAAUGAAUAAAGUUUCGUCCAAAUAAGAUUAAAUUGUAGUGCUGUGAUUACU